AUGUCUCAAGGCGAGUGUCCCGUGAAGAAGACGCCCAACGUCGCCGGCGCUGGUACCAGGAACGCGGACUGGUGGCCAAACGAGCUCAGGGUCAACAUCCUCCGUCAACACGACCCCAGACAGAACCCUCUCGGUUCUGACUUCAACUAUGCUGAGGAGUUCAAGAAGCUCGACUACGAUGCAUUGAAGAAGGACAUCAACGCCCUGAUAACCGACUCCCAGGACUGGUGGCCUGCCGACUUUGGUCACUACGGUGGUCUUUUCAUCCGUAUGGCAUGGCACUCUGCUGGUACCUACCGUGUGACCGACGGUCGUGGUGGCGGUGGCGAUGGACAGCAGCGCUUUGCUCCCCUCAACGCAUGGCCCGACAACGUCUCCCUCGACAAGGCUCGCCGCCUCCUCUGGCCCAUCAAGCAAAAAUACGGCAACAAGAUUUCAUGGGCCGACUUGAUGCUUCUUACCGGCAACGUCGCCCUUGAAUCCAUGGGCUGCCCAACCUUCGGUUUCGCUGGUGGCCGCUCCGACACUUUCCAGUCCGACGAAUCUGUCUACUGGGGUGGCGAGACCGAGUGGCUCGGCAGUGACGUCCGCUACGCUGAUGGCGCCAAGGGUGUCAAGGGCGAGGGUAUCAUGGACGGUGACCAGCACAAGGUCGACAAGGACGAGACUCACACAUCGAGGGAUCUCGAGAAGCCCUUGGCGGCCGCACACAUGGGUCUCAUCUACGUAAACCCAGAAGGUCCCGAGGGUGUUCCCGACCCCGUUGCCGCCGCUCACGAUAUCCGAACAACCUUCAGCCGCAUGGCCAUGAACGACGAGGAGACCGCUGCCCUCAUCAUUGGUGGCCACUCUUUCGGAAAGACUCACGGUGCUGCUCCUACAGAGAACACUGGGCCAGACCCCAACUCCGAGGAUCUCGAAACACAAGGAUUUGGCUGGAUGAACAAGCACGGCCGUGGUAACGGCCCUGACACCAUCACCAGUGGUCUCGAGGUCACCUGGACUGGCACACCCACCAAGUGGAGCAACAAGUACCUGGAGUACCUCUACAAGUACGAGUGGGAGCUAGAGAAGAGCCCUGCUGGUGCGAACCAAUGGGUCGCCAAAACCGACGACAGGAUCAUUCCCGACGCCUACGAGCAGGGCAAGAAGCACAAGCCAAGGAUGCUGACCACCGACUUGUCGAUGCGCAUGGACCCCGCCUACGAGAAGAUCACUCGUCGCUGGUUGGACCACCCCGAGGAGCUUCACGACGCUUUCGUUCGCGCGUGGUUCAAGCUUCUCCACCGUGACAUGGGUCCCCGCUCCAGGUGGUUGGGCCCUGAGAUCCCCAAGGAGGUCCUUCUCUGGGAGGACCCCGUUCCUCAGCCCGAGGGUGAGAUCAUUGGCGAUGCCGAGAUCUCCACCCUGAAGAAGCAGAUUCUUGACGCUGGCAUCGAGCCCGCUAAGCUCAUCCGCACUGCUUGGGCUUCAGCAGCUUCAUUCCGUGGCAGCGACAAGCGUGGAGGUGCCAACGGUGCCCGUAUCCGCCUCGCUCCCCAGAAGGACUGGGAGGUCAACAACCCCAAGGAGCUUGCUGAGGUCCUCAAGGCUCUCGAGGGCAUCCAGUCCAAGUUCAACGGCGGCAGCAAGAAGGUUUCUCUGGCUGACUUGAUCGUGUUGGCCGGUACCGCUGCCGUUGAGAAGGCUGCCGGUGUAUCCGUUCCCUUCACACCCGGCCGCACCGAUGCCUCGCAGGAGCAGACUGACGUCCAGUCUUUCGAGCACCUCGAGCCCGUCACCGAUGGCUUCCGCAACUUCGGCAAGGGUACCGAGCGUGUCCGCACCGAGCAACUUGAUGUUGACAAGGCCCACCUCCUCCGUCUCACUGCCCCUGAGAUGGUCGUCCUUACCGGUGGUAUGCGUGCGCUGAACGCCAACUGGGACGGCUCAUCCCACGGCAUCUUCACCAAGCGCCCCGGCCAGCUCACCAACGACUUCUUUGUCAACCUCCUCGACAACAACACCGAGUGGAAGGCAACCGACGCAAGCAAGGAGCUGUACGAGGGUGUCGACCGCAAGUCCGGCCAGAAGAAGUGGACUGCUACCCGCCACGACCUCGUCUUUGGUGCGCACCCCGAACUCCGUGCCGUCGCGGAGACCUACGCGUCGCCCGAUAACGCGGACAAGUUCGUCAAGGAGUUUGUUGCUGGCUGGGAGAAGAUUAUGAACAAUGACCGAUACGACAUCAAGAACAAGUCGUGCCGGUCGCGUUUAGUUUCUCUAUUUCUAUGUGUGUGCUAUUUUCUGAACUUGAGUCUUUUCGUCGCUAUUUUACAUGAAGAAACCUUUGAUAUGAAGAUAUGA